CGGGAGCGGCUGCGGGGCGGUGACUGGGUGCGGUAUUCCCCGGCCCGGUGAAACAGCCGCGGGAGCGCGGCCCAGGAACUCCGCGGCGGGCGUUUCUGGCGGCCCGAGCGCCGCGCCCUUCCCCUGCCCCAUGUCGGCGUGGCUCGGCCGGGCGGUGCUGCUGCUGGGGCGGCCGGGGGGCCCCGCCGUUGCUGCUGCUGCUGCCGCCGCCGCCCCGUCCUCCUGCCUGGGCUCGUUGCGUGGCCCGCCGCCCUGCUGCUGCCGCCGCCACCUGGGCAGCCAGCGAGGCGGCGCCGAGGGGCUGCUCCUCCCGCGGGGGUCGCCGCCGGCGGGGCGGGCGCUGGGCACCCACCCCAAGAAGGAGCCGAUGGAGGCGUUGAACACGGCGCAGGGGGCCCGCGACUUCAUCUACAGCCUGCACUCCACCGAGCGGAGCUGCCUGCUGCGGGAGCUGCACCGCUUCGAGUCCAUCGCCAUCGCCCAAGACCCCAUAUCAGCUAGGGGAAGCUGUCAGCAAUAUGGGGAGACCUGGGCACAUCAAGAACCAAAUGGGGCCUGUUCCUCAGCCCAUUCCCAGGCCUACCACCAGAAGGAUGCAGUUCCAUCAACUAAUUGCCCUAGCGCGAAAUAUGACAGGACACACUAUCUGUGGCCUCCGCUAAUGGCAGAGGCUACAGGGAAACCCAUCCUUUGCUGCGGCUGCUACGCUGAAGGACGGUCCUCAGAGAAGUUGGAGGUUGCACCACCAUCUCCAGGACAACUGAAACAUGUGUUCUUCCACAAUGCAUUACCUUUUGUAGGGUUUGGAUUUUUGGAUAACGCAAUUAUGAUUGCUGCGGGAACCCAAAUAGAGUUGUCAAUUGGAGUUGUCCUAGGAAUUUCAACAAUGGCAGCUGCAGCUUUGGGAAACCUUGUUUCAGAUUUAGCUGGACUGGGUCUUGCAGGUUAUGUAGAAGCUUUAGCUUCACGACUGGGUCUGUCAAUCCCUGACCUGACACCCAAACAAGCUGAUAUGUGGCAAACGCGUCUCAGUGCACACUUGGGUAAAGCUAUUGGAGUGACCAUUGGCUGCAUUUUAGGAAUGUUUCCUUUGUUGUUCUUUGGUGAUGAGGAAGAAAAACUGGAAGAAAAAAAUUAACCUUUUUACAAGACAUAUACAAAUGUAAACUACUGUACCUCAAUUAUUCAAUUAUGCUGUCAAUAUUUAGGAAUUAACAGACAGUAAAAAAUGUAUAGACUUGGGAACAAAACCUUCAGCAUGUCGUUUUAUGGAAACACUAAUUUAUUGUGGCUUUGUUGUGUUCAGUACUUCUUUUUAUAAGAUAUCAUCUAACUUUUUAUUUAAUUGUAAAUUUUUGAAGUGUUUUCACUUAUGACAACUGAUGUUUACCACUUUCCCCUUUGACCUUAUUCUUUAAUGGAUUAUUGCUUUAAUAAUCCAUCAUGGAUGACAGUAUAACUCUUGAGUUGCAUAUUGGUUGCUUAACAGUUGUAAUUGCAUGACAAAAAUUUCACUGCUAUUCAUCAGGUCCUUCAAUGCAGAUUAUUAAGGAGGUCAGUGAUGAAUAAUUUGAAGUCCCUCACUUUGCAAGAUGACUGGUUACCCCCUCACCAGCCAUUGUUUUGCACUGCCUUUAGAAUAGGUAUUUCAGUGAUCUAUGACAGUCUAGUUUGCGUUUUUUCACAAUUCUGACUAAGUGUCUCUGAAUUGUCUUCUGAGAUGAUCAUUUUAAUGCUUUGACAAGGUAAGUGUUUCCAGUAUAGGCUCUUUACCAAGUCCAUUUUUUAGUGGUGUUUUAACACCUUCUGUAUUUCCAUAUUCACACCUCUUUUCCUUUGUAAACAAUAUUUUGAGAAUUGAGUUGAGAGAUCCUUAAAUUUGCCUUCCUGAGUUUUGAGUGUGGUAUUAAAGAAUUCAGACUGUUUCAAAACCACAAACAACUUUUUUUUUAUUGUUCUGCUUAAAAUAAGGUGUGAAUAGUUCAUUGGGUGGAUGAGGCCGGGGAACACUUCAGGGUAUGAAUGAGUGCUGGCAUUGCAAGUUUGUAAUGGGUGGUUCAGUUGAAACAAAGUGUACCAUCAGUCUGGAUUAGAGGACCUGAUUUGCAGAUUGUAACUUUGUAUUUAAGAUUAAGCCUUUGCUACUUUUUUUUUUGCUGUGAGACAAUUAGUAAAAAAACCCAAACAACAAAAAAAGGAGACUUGAAGCCUUUUUCCUUUUUUGCCUUUUAUUUUUGCAGCCUUACUUGGUGUAUUAUAGAUCUGACAGUGCAGUCACAUGUAACUGUGCUUUUUUUAUAUGGUCAGGAAUAAAUUGAUUACAACUGUCGAAUAUUCAUAAUAUUUCAGGAUCUGACUUGCCAAUAGCAUAAUGCUAACCUGAUAACUGUUGAUUAGAGGAGAGGGUUUCUUACCUGUUUGAAUACCAUUUGGAAAAGACACUAAAAGAGAGGCACAGCCAGGGCACUUUGAAAGUUUUAUUGCUGGAAUUGUUAGCACUUCUGAAACCUAGAAAGAAAAGUUUAAAAAAGAAUUUAAAAAUUAAGUCCCCUGAUGACUUUUAUUUGCUAUAGGAAAAGUCUUAUUGUAACAUGUGUACAUUUUACAAAGCUCACUGCGUAUCUCUUGGUCACAAAUCUGAUUUUUCUGUUCUUAAUUCUGGAAGCCCUUUAACAGCAGUACUGAAAUUUUGACAUCAGCCUUUAAUGAAGGUGAUAGUGUUGUAUCUGGUUUUUGAAAAGCAGACUUUGAAAACUUGCAGUGAGUAGUCCUAGUAGCAUGUACUGUACUUUGUACAUUAAACCAUGAGAAUCUGGACCAAACUGUAAAAAUGAAAGAAAUAUCAGCCAGGCAUAGAACACAACUGCAGAGGAGUUUUGGCUUGCGUUUUCAAAGUUGGAAGCUUUAUUAAAAACAAACAAACAACAACAAAAAACUCCCAACCACAAAAAAAACCCCCCAAAACAGAAAAAACAAUCCUGCUAGAAAAUUAUGCACUCUUUCCCCAACAGAUUGCUGCUGGUUUACAGUACUUCAGUGAUCAGGUUUUUUAGUCAUCCACACAUUCGUCUUGCCUUAAACUCUUAAGUUUUGUUCCUCUGCAUGUACUUUUGUUUCUGGUAUGUUUCUGUACAAAGCUGAAAGUAUUUCCCAUGUGUUCUUUUUUUAAACUGAAGUACACAUCAAAACAACUUUGCAUAGCUCUUUUGUAGCUGUUUUUACAGUAAUUCCAACAUGGUUUCCCGUUAUGAUACUGGCAUCUUCAUUGGAAUCUUUCAGCAGUGGCCAAACCUCUGUUCUUUGCCAUCGUACCAACUGGAACACUGUUUUCAUCACUUCUUUUAGAGCUCAUGAGAACAAUCGGAAGGCUGUGUCAGCUGUCAUAGUAGUGUUCAUUUUAUAAUGGCAAUAGGAAAGACUGUACUAUUGUUAAAUAGCUUGUGCAUGUAAAUUGAGUACAUUUUGUUGCUGUAUGUCAAACUAUUGUACUGCAACCAAUGCUUUUAUCGAGAAUUAAUGAACUAAAAUAUCUUCAAAGAAAAUAAUCAUGUGUCGUCUUGUUAAACUAUUUAGCUGACCACAAAAAUGUGGAGGGCAAGUGACACAUGGUACGAGAUCUCGGGUGUUUCAGGCUGUUGUCUGAUACCGUAAUCAAGAAGAUGACUUCUGGGGUUUCAAUAUUUGACAAAAGUGAAGAAAUAACUCAUGAUUUGAGAGAAAUAGCGGCUCUGCUGGAGGCGAGAGAAAGUGCUUGUUGGGGCCAAGCUGCCACCCUGAGUACAGUAGGGGUAGCUUGCUUUGCCUGCAGGAUCCACUCUUGUGUGGAUGUGGUACUGCUUCGUGUGGAAGGGGAGAUCUGUACCCUGUCUCCUCACAAGGAGCGUGGGUUUUUCUGGGGUAUAUGGAUGAAAGUAAUCCCUGAUGCUCUGAUCACACUUUUUAAAACACUUAACUGAGAAGACAGAGCACUAACAAAACACUCCUCUCUGUUUUCUGUUGUCUUCUCCCUCCUCGAUAAAAGGAAAAACAAACACUACAGGCUUAUUCAGAGACUUCAGUAUUGCUCCAUUUUUUAAUUCUAUCAGUUUGUCCUGUGUUAACAGGAAUUUUUCGCAUUAAAGGGCUGGUAGACCUGAAAUUGUGUUUCUUUUAAAAUGCUGUCUUUUAUUGUACCUUAAAAUAUAAAUGUAUUUUUGACUGUAUGUUAUCUCUAGGGACAAAGAACAUGCAUCAGAUAAUAUGGUUACCCAAAUCUUCUCGCCAAUAUUUUCUCAUUCAUGUACUUUUACAUAAAUUAUUUGAAUUUAGACAACAUAUUUUGUAUUGUCUUUAAUUAAAUUGUUGAACUUUCUGUAAACUUUUGUACUACAGCAAAGCUGUUCUGUGUUUCUUUAUUAGACCAGAUGCUGGAGGGGAAAUGUUAAUAAUAUCCUGUGGGUAUUCAGCCUCAGUUAUACAAAACAGGAAUUUAUUAUUUAAGUUAUAAGCAGGUGGUCCUUUGUCACUGUCAUAGGAGAUGCCACCAUGGAGUGGUACUUCCGUCUCUUCAUGCUUGGAAGGGAGCGAUUUAAACAAUUAAAAUGUUUGCAUGGUAAA